AUGACAGAAAUAAAUCUGGGGAAGCACAUCUCAUCUCUACUGCUGAAAUCUCAUAUAGAGAAGGUGGCAAUCUCCACGGCUGCAGGAGAUGAUAAGGUACAAAUCUCAGAUUUUCUGCCUCAGUCUGCCACUCCACGAAACUCUGGGAACAGCGAUUCAUUUUCUGGUAUUUGGAAUAUGAUGAGUGGAAACAGUGGUAGUAGUGACAAAACUGUCUCUAAGGCUGUCGCACAGCCUCCUGUUCGAAGUACCAGCAACCAUGCAACAGGACCUUCCUCCAAGGAUACUUCCACAACGACGUCAGUUGGCUACCGUGGAGGAAGUAGUGGAGAAGCGACUACCCUCCAGCGACUACGAACACCCCAUGACGCUUUCGUGUCUGUCCUGGUGGCUAGACAGAAAUCUCUCACGACCGUCCGAAUGCUCUGGCCGAGGGAAAACUUCAAGGCGUGUGUUGAAUCAGCCAUUCUUAUGCAAGAUCAAGCUGUCUUUGUAGAUGUGUUGAGGGUUUUGCUGGUUUAUAGCAAACAGUGGAGUCUAGAUCUCGUUGCUUUACUCCUUCCACAAUUGUCGAAACUGGUUUGGAGCAAAUACCCUACAUAUGUGGAAACAACAUGCCAGGCUGUGAGAAUCAUCCUCAAAAACUUUGCCAAUCUCAUUCGCCAAACCAUAAAUAUCGAUUGUGCAAUUGGCGUUGACAUCUCUCGUGAAGAAAGAAAAGCCAAAUGUCAGACUUGUGUUACCCAUUUAGAGGCGAUAAGAUCGGCGUUCGAGAUAAAGGAAGUUGUAGCAAAAGCUGGACAAUACGGGCCAGAGGUGUUUGCCUUGUUCUCUCUACUUCAAUAA